AUGGCCAAUCAAGAAGAGAACAAUCAGGUAGAGAACAAGCUGUUGAGAGACUAUGCUGCGCCAAGUGCUAGAGGCCUGAGAUCUAGUAUUAGAAGGCCUCCAAUUGAAGCAAAUAACUUUGAACUGAAGCCUGCUUUACUGAAUAUGAUCCAACAACAUCAGUUUGGAGUGGCACCUACGGAGGAUCCAAAUCUUCAUAUGGAAGUGUUUCUGGAAUUCUGUGAAACUCUUAAAUAUAAUGGAGCCUCUGCAGAUGCGAUCAGAUUGCGACUUUUCCCUUUCUCUUUAAGGGACAAAGCACGAGCUUGGUUACAUUCGCUUCCAUCGGACUGUAUCACAACAUGGGAGCAACUCGAGCAGAAAUUUUUAGAUAAGUAUUUUCCACCAAGCAAGACUGCUUCACUCCGUCACCAAAUCACAAAUUUUACGCAAAAAGAUGGAGAAUCUCUUUUCGAAGCUUGGGACCGAUUUAAAGGACUACUACAGCAAUUCCCACAUCACGGACUGGAGAAAUGGCUCGUAAUCCAUACCUUUUAUAACGGAAUUUCCUACUCUACUAAAGUCUCUUUAGACUCUGCUGCAGGUGGUGCGCUCAUGAACAAAACCUUAGAGGAGGCAUUCGAUAUUAUCGAAAGCGUGGCAUUGAAUCAUCACCAAUGGGCGAUAGAGAGAGAGAAUCCUGUUCGAUUGGCAGGUAAGUAUGAGGUGAGCGCUUUAGAUAGUCUUGCGGCAAAGGUUGAUGCAUUAACCUAUAAAUUUGAAAAUUUUAAUGUUAAUGCUGUUUCUAGUAUCAUCUGUGAGAUUUGUGGAGUGACAGGACAUUCAGCUAUGAAUUGCCAAAUAAUGGUCACGCAACCUACCGGAGCGCAGGUAGAACAAGUUGAUGCGAUAAAUAACUAUGCUCAAAAGCCAAACAACAAUCCGUAUUCAAAUACCUACAAUCCAGGAUGGAGAAAUCAUCCAAAUUUUUCCUACAGAAAUAAUCAAAAUCAAUCCGGGCAGAAUAAUUAUGGAGCGUCUGGAGGAUUUCAGCAAGAGAAGAAGUCUAACUUGGAAGUUAUGAUGGAAAACUUCAUUGCUACCCAAUCGAAACAAAAUGAUGAAUAUCGACAACACAUGGUGGAAUCUAAUCGGAAGCAUUCAGAGACAGCCGAAACAAUCUCCCAAAUAUCCGGUAAGAUAGAUAAUUUAGCGAAUCAUACUAAAAUGUUGGAAAAUCAACUUGCGCAGGUCGCCGAUUCGCCCUCGAGAGUACCAGGGAGAUUUUCGGGAAGACCAGAAACAAAUCCUGUGGAGCAUUGUAAUGCGAUUACCUUGAGGAGUGGAAAGAGAGUAAAUGAGCUCAAGGAUAACCCAAAGCUAUUUCCAGACAGAGAAGAACACGACCAGGACGUGAGGAUAAUUAAGGCCAAACUUGAUGAACAAUUUGGUAAGUUUCUUGAUGUCCUAAGGAAGUUGUAUAUUAACAUUCCAUUCACAGAAGCCUUGCAGCAAAUGCCCACAUACUCAAAAUUUUUGAAAGACAUAUUGACAAACAAAAGGAAAAUUGAGGAGAGCGUAACGGUAGCACUGACGGAGGAAUGUAAUUUUAAACCUUCAGUUGAGAGACAAAGGAGGCUUAAUCCUAACAUGAAAGAAGUGGUCAAGAAAGAGGUUUUGAAAUUACUAGAUGCAGGAAUAAUUUAUCCAAUCUCUGAUAGUGAAUGGGUAAGUCCGGUUCAUGUUGUGCCAAAGAAAGGUGGGAUGACAGUAGUUAGAAAUUCAAAUAAUGAGUUGAUUCCCACUAGGACGGUUACGGGGUGGAGAAUGUGUAUUGACUAUCGGAAAUUAAACAAAGAAACUAGGAAAGAUCACUUCCCACUUCCAUUCAUUGAUCAGAUGUUAGAAAGGUUGGCAAAACACUCCUAUUUCUGUUUUCUAGAUGGGUAUUCUGGUUUUUAUCAAAUCCCUAUACAUCCAAAUGACCAGGAAAAAACCACGUUUACAUGUCCUUAUGGUACCUUUGCCUAUAGGAGAAUGCCUUUUGGUCUUUGCAAUGCACCAGCUACCUUUCAACGUUGUAUGAUGGCUAUUUUUUCUGAUAUGAUUGAGAAUAUUAUGGAAGUUUUUAUGGAUGAUUUUUCAGUCUAUGGUACUAACUUUGAUACUUGCUUGUCCAAUUUGGUUAAUGUUCUGCAGAGAUGCGAAGAAACAAACUUGGUUUUAAACUGGGAAAAAUGCCACUUUAUGGUAAGAGAAGGCAUUGUGCUAGGACAUUUGGUUUCAGAGCGAGGAAUUGAAGUAGACACGGCAAAGGUGGAAGUAAUUGAAAAUCUACCUCCACCGACAAAUGUUAAGGGAGUGCGAAGUUUUUUAGGACAUGCAGGAUUCUAUCGGCGUUUCAUCAAAGAUUUUUCAAAGAUCUCUAAACCUUUGACAAAUUUGCUAAUUAAGGAAACUGAAUUUCUUUUUGAUGAAAAUUGUUUGGAUGCUUUUUCCAGGUUGAAGGAAGCUUUGAUCUCAGCUCCGAUAAUGCAAGUUCCCGAUUGGACCUUACCUUUUGAAAUCAUGUGUGAUGCGAGUGACUAUGCAGUGGGAGCAGUCUUGGGACAAAGAAGAGACCGGAAGGUACAUGCGAUCUAUUAUGCUAGCCGAACUCUGGAUGAUGCUCAGAUGAACUAUGCAACUACGGAGAAGGAACUCUUAGCAAUUGUUUUUGCCUUGGAUAAAUUCAGAUCAUACCUCGUUGGCUCUAAGGUUAUUGUUUACACAUAUCACGUGGCCAUAAGAUAUCUAUUGAGCAAAAAGGAUGCUAAGCCAAGGCUCAUAAGAUGGAUUCUUCUUUUGCAAGAAUUUGAUUUAGAAAUAAAGGAUAAGCAGGGAACUGAGAAUGUGGUAGCGGAUCACUUAUCAAGACUAUAUCAGGGACAGAGUGGGACCAAGGAGGAAGAUCUUCCAAUUGAUGACUGUUUUAUAGAUGAACAUCUCCUUGCUAUAAAAAGGAUUGAUUCUCCAUGGUACGCAGACUACGCAAAUUUUCUUGCUUGUGGAAUUUUACCUCAUCAGAUGAGUUACCAACAGAGAAAGAAGUUUUUUGGCGAUAUCAAGAGCUAUGUAUGGGAUGAUCCACUGCUUUUCAAGAAGUGUGCUGAUACUAUUUACAGGAGAUGUAUUGCCUCUCCGUAUCACCCCCAAACCAGUGGACAAGUGGAAGUAUCAAAUAGAGAAAUCAAAAGCAUUUUAGAGAAAUCUGUGAAGCAUUCACGAACAGAUUGGUCAGAAAAAUUGGAUGACGCUCUAUGGGCAUAUCGGACAGCUUACAAGACUCCUAUUGGUAUGACGCCGUUUCGCUUGGUGUAUGGGAAAUCUUGUCAUCUUCCUGUAGAGUUGGAACACAAGGCUUUCUGGGCAAUACAAUUAUUGAAUUUCGAUCUAAAGAAUGCCGGAGAGAAAAGAAGGCUUCAGCUUGAUGAACUAGAAGAACUCCGACUUGACGCUUAUGAGCAUGCAAAAUCCUAUAAAGAAAGGACUAAGCGUUGGCAUGAUCAACACAUUAUGCGUAGGGAAUUCCAAGAGGGUGAUCUUGUAUUAUUGUUCAACUCUCGAUUGAAACUCUUUCCAGGAAAGCUUAAAUCCAGAUGGUCGGGUCCUUUUGAAGUGAAGAAAGUUUAUCCUUAUGGAGCUGUGGAUAUAUCGAAUGAAACCACCGGAGUCUUCAAAGUGAAUGGAACAACUGCCCAGGUAACAGAGGAGAACACGGCCGUGCAAAUUUCAAACACGCCCGUGUUGGUUGCUGUCAGAUUCAUGGCGAAUACUAUUUUUGGGAGAGGGGACAGUGUUGGGGUAGCCAGGCUAAGUGAAUUGCAGUUUUUAUGGGCCAUGAUUAAUGAUGUUAAAAUUGAUUCUGGAGCUCACCUAGUUAGACAUUUUGUGAAAAUUGGGAAUAGCUCGACUGGAGUAAUUGUUAUUGGAGGACUUUUGACUAAGAUUGCAUUAGCUUUAGGGUGUGAGUUGGAUGGAUUGGAGACUUGCCCGGAUGUUAGGACCCAAGAUCUACCCACAGUAGGAGAGCCAUCUAUUCCACCGCAUGUACCGGUACCCCAGGUUUCUUCCUUCAUACCGGAGUCCCCUAGGACUAUUACUGAUGAUGUUUCUGCAGGACCUUCUGUUUUUGAUUUUUCAGGAUUCCGUACAUCGUUUGAGGAUUUCAGAGAAAAGCAUACUGCGGAUAGAAACAUGUGGGAGCAGUUUGCUCAUACUUCAGAGGAGCAUUAUGAGCGAGUUGACAGAUUCGGAUGCACAAAACCAGCCGAAUUACCCAGGGUAUCAGAACAACACGGCCGUGUUGUUGAUAACCACGGGCGUGUCGAGGUUUUCAGCGACCAACACGCUCAAGGCGUGUUGUUGAACACGGGCGUGGCGGAGAUGUUGAAGAGCGACGCAGGAAGCAGAGGAGGACAUGAUCGGGCCGUGUAA